AUGACGGAUUGUUCAACUACUAAUGAACCAGCGGUUGAACCAAAACAAAUAAAUCUUCUUAUCGGUAUUACAAUAGCUGUCUCCACCUCAUUUAUUCAAUCCCUUGGACUUACUAUACAGAGAAAAUCUCACGUUUUAAACGAAAAUAUAUAUCCUAAAGAGCUACGGCGAUCUGCAUGCAGAAGACCGUUAUGGCACUUAGGGUUUGACACCUACCUAAUCUCCAAUAUCAUUGGAAGUAUAUUCUCUAUUGGGUAUCUUCCUAUUAUCAUAUUAGCACCUUUGGGUGCAGUAACUUUAAUAUUUAAUGCAUUUUUUGCUCAAUUAUUAUUGGGGGAUGUCUUUUCAAGGCAAUCAGUAAUAGGGACACUUUUUAUUCUGAUUGGCGCGGUAAUGAUUGCUUUCUUUGGUGUUGUCAAAGCACAAAACCAUUCUCUUAAUGACUUAAUAGAGUUAUAUAAGCGUCCAGCAUUUAUUGCAUAUUUUUCAACCAUUGAGUUUAUCCUCAUCGUAGUUCUUAUCGCUGCCAAAUAUGGAGAAUAUUUACUAAAUAGAUCGAAUCGAAAUGAUAGAGAAUUUAUUUUAGGAUGGCAUUGGAAAAAAUUUCAGACAGUGCUUGGAAUAACAUACGGUAUGGUUGGAGGCAUGAUAUCUAGUCAAAGUUUGUUAUUUGCAAAGAGUGGUAUAGAGUUAUUACUUUUAACCAUUAACUGUCGAAAUCAAUUUGAUCGACCGUUGAGUUGGAUUAUUGUAAUAGCACUAAUUGUCACUGCCUUAUUACAGCUUUAUUAUCUUAACAAAGGUUUACGAAUGUGUGAUACGGUCAUUUUAGUACCCCUUUCCUUCUGUACGUAUAAUGCUUCGUCGAUAUUUAAUGGUCUUGUAUAUUAUGAUCAAUGGGAUGAAUUAGAAUGGUAUCAGAUAUUAUUGGUAAUAUUAGGUAUAUGCAUAUUAUUAUGUGGCGUUCUUGUAUUAUCUUGGAGACGUAACGUCGCUCCCGAAGAAGGAUUAUUAACAGGAGAAGAAAGUAGAAUGUUAUACGGACAAGACAUAGAAGGAUUAACAGAACUAUACGAAGGCGAAGAAACUUUCACGAGAUAUAGAGAUCUUGAUGGUUUUUCUGAAACAAACAGUCCUAAUGUAUGUCAGAAUAUUGGAAAUUCUUCUCGAGAAAUUCUGAAGUUUCAAGAGAUGAUACAGGAAGAAGACAAUCAUAAUGCUGAUGAAAAGACAUCUCUUUUAGGAAAAAAACAUAAAUCUAGACGAAACAAAAGAUCAGUUUCUGUUGGUACAUUGCAAGAGGACAAUUAUGGCAUAAUAUAG